GCAUUGCCAUCUUCUGCAUGCUCCUGACCUACUACAUGUGGAUCAAAGCCGUCAAAACCGGUUCCAUCUACUGGGCUGCCAUGUGUGCCCUCGCCUACUUCUACAUGGUCUCCUCGUGGGGUGGCUACGUCUUUCUGAUCAACCUCAUCCCCUUGCACGUCCUGGUCCUGAUGCUCACGGGCCGCUUCUCCCACAGGAUCUACGUGGCCUACUGCACAGUCUACUGCUUGGGAACCAUCCUCUCCAUGCAGAUCUCCUUCGUUGGCUUCCAGCCUGUCCUCUCCUCGGAGCACAUGGCCGCGCUCGGGGUCUUCGGCCUGUGCCAGAUCCACGCCUUCGUCGACUACCUGCGCAGCAAGCUCAACCCCCAGCAGUUUGAGGUCCUCUUCAGGAGUGUCAUCUCCUUGGUCGGCUUCGUCCUCCUCACCAUCGGGGCCUUGCUGAUGCUCACAGGGAAGAUCUCCCCGUGGACGGGACGUUUCUACUCCCUGCUGGAUCCCUCCUAUGCGAAGAACAACAUCCCCAUCAUCGCCUCCGUCUCCGAGCACCAGCCCACCACCUGGUCCUCCUACUACUUUGACCUCCAGCUUCUCGUUUUCAUGUUCCCAGUUGGUCUCUACUACUGCUUCAGCAACCUCUCAGACGCCCGAAUUUUCAUCAUCAUGUAUGGUGUGACCAGCAUGUACUUCUCAGCUGUCAUGGUGCGUCUGAUGCUGGUGCUGGCCCCGGUGAUGUGCAUCCUGUCUGGCAUUGGGGUCUCUCAGGUCUUGUCCACCUACAUGAAGAACCUGGACAUCAGCCGGCCGGACAAGAAGAGCAAAAAGCAGCAAGACUCCACCUACCCCAUCAAAAAUGAAGUGGCCAGUGGCAUGAUCUUGGUCAUGGCUUUCUUCUUGAUCACCUACACCUUCCACUCCACCUGGGUGACCAGCGAGGCCUACUCCUCCCCCUCCAUCGUCCUGUCCGCCCGCGGUGGCGACGGCAGCAGGAUCAUCUUUGAUGACUUCAGAGAAGCUUACUACUGGCUGCGUCACAACACCCCGGAGGACGCCAAGGUGAUGUCCUGGUGGGACUACGGCUACCAGAUCACCGCCAUGGCCAACAGGACCAUCCUGGUGGACAACAACACCUGGAACAACACCCACAUCUCCCGCGUGGGGCAGGCCAUGGCGUCAACAGAGGAGAAAGCCUAUGAGAUCAUGAGGGAGCUGGACGUCAGCUACGUGCUGGUCAUCUUUGGAGGCCUCACCGGGUACUCAUCUGAUGACAUCAACAAGUUCCUGUGGAUGGUGCGGAUCGGCGGCAGCACGGACACGGGGCGCCACAUCAAGGAGCACGACUACUACACCCCCACGGGGGAGUUCCGCGUGGACCGCGAGGGCUCCCCGGUGCUCCUCAACUGCCUCAUGUACAAGAUGUGCUACUACCGCUUCGGCCAGGUCUACACCGAGGCCAAGCGGCCGCCGGGCUACGACCGGGUGAGGAACGCCGAGAUCGGCAACAAGGACUUCGAGCUGGACGUUCUGGAGGAGGCCUACACCACAGAGCAUUGGUUGGUCCGAAUAUACAAG